UACAUGCCUGUAAUGUGCGUGACCAUCAGCAUGGCAUGCAUCCAGUGUCGUACGAAAUCAUACAGUCCCCAGGCUUCCAACCACCUAGACAGCCGGCGCAGUACCGGGAAUGGGGAACCGCGCCGCAGAUGCGGAUUGGCUUCAGCGUGUACCACGCGCUGUCCGGUCGACGGUAUGCCUGGAUCGUCUUCCGUACAGUUGCCACCUGCCGCUUCCGUGCCAUAACCCUGGGUGUUGCUGCUCUAGCAAAACCACCAGUGCUGCGGAAUAAUAUGCCCAAUCGAAC